CCCCGGUUCCCCCCGCGCCCUCCACCGCAGCCUCCAGCCUUCAGCACCGCCCGCCCGGGACGCGGCUGCCGCCGGCGGGACAACGCGCCUGGCCCCGAGCGCAGCAUGAGCAACCUCCCCGCCGACCGGGAGGGCGGCCCCGCCGACACCGGCCUGCCCGAGGAGGAGGUGAGGACGCUCUUCGUUAGUGGGUUGCCUCUGGACAUUAAGCCCCGGGAACUUUACCUGCUCUUCAGGCCCUUUAAGGGAUACGAAGGGUCCCUCAUCAAACUCACCUCCAAGCAGCCCGUGGGCUUUGUCAGCUUUGACAGCCGCUCCGAAGCAGAGGCAGCGAAGAAUGCACUGAAUGGCAUCCGCUUCGACCCCGAGAUCCCCCAGACGCUGCGGCUGGAGUUUGCCAAGGCCAACACCAAGAUGGCCAAGAGCAAGCUGGUGGGCACCCCAAACCCCAGCACGCCACUCCCCACUGCCAUACCUCAGUUCAUCACCCGGGAGACCUAUGCGCUGGCUCCCUCCCUCCGAGGCUGGUUCUCAGGGCUGGAAGUCCCGUCAGUUCUGCUGAAUGCCGGGUCUCAGGUGUGUGAUGGUGGCCUACAGUCAGUCUUGUGGGUAUUAAUGGAGUCUUCCAAGGUGGCUACUGGGUUGGCGUGCUCUCUGCAAAACCACAGUGUGCUGGCUUGAAAAACCACAAACAAAAAACCUCACACAAGUUUGGAUUCCUCCAAGACUUUCCCACAGCCUCUAUCACACAUCUGCUCUCCUAGAAGAAAGAUGAAAAAGCAUACCUAGUAAUAAUAUUUUCUUCUUUUACACUGUGUAUUUGUGAGAAAGAGUGUGUUACUUCUGAAAGCAUGGUUUGACAGGCAUUGCUGUAGUGUUUGAAAAGUCUUCAAACAGAACCAUAGGAAAGCAGACUGAAAAAAAAAUCAAAAAAAAAAAAAAGGGCAAAACAAGAGCAAGUAUUUUUGUACCAAACCUCCUAAACAGAACAAUCUUACACUGGGUCAGACCACAGGUUUUGUGCUUGACUUUUGAAUGUGUGUCAGUAGGAGUCUGUAUCCCCCUGCCCCGUCAAUUGCAUGUCAAAGGCAUGAUGCUCACGUGCAUGCAGAUGUCAAGAUGCACAAUUUGGGUGUGUAGGAAUUGUGCUCCCUCUGGCACAGGAAUUGCGCUCCGGCUGCAUCGGCAAGACAUCUGCGGACACUGACAGUAUUACUGUUUUCUUCCCAGUUGUACCAAAUGACAACCAGACAGGACAAUCAGAAACUUUCUUAUGGUGAUUUUGCUUUUUACCUUAGGUCUACGUUAAUAGCUUGCUGUGCAAAGCUUCAGCACGGUACAACGGGCUCAGAUCAGGGAUGGGCAGAGAUAGCCCACAUAUGUAGCAAGGUGACAAUUUGCCUCUUCCUCCUCUUCCUGCCAUGACUGCUUGAAGUUGUUAUAGGCACCCUAAACUGCUGUAUGAGAAAAAACAAACGACAGACCACUGGUUUGCCAGCUUACUCGAGGCUGGGCACGAGUCCUGAGCGAGCUGACGGGCAAGAGACCGCUUGACAUACCAGUCUCUCCCUCUCCUUGCUCCAGGAGAAAUUUGGGAAGAGCAAAGCAAACCAAAACCUCGAAGAGAUUUCGGUUUCUUGCAAAAAGAGGUGCAAAACUUCUUCCAUUGCCUCUCCCCCCAACCCCAUCCUCACUGCGGGGCAUGCUGAGCUCAGCCGUUGCCCAGGCUUUGCCAUAAUCAGUUUCCCAGCUGCACUGAAGACAUGGGGUACCCAUGGCCUUGUUAAAUACAUCAUAACCUUUUUCUUCCUCCUUCCUUUUAUUCUGUGGGUAAGCUGAGAUUUCGGCUGCUGGAGCUGGGGCAGGGUGUUGGGUGAAGCAGUGCGAUGGGAAACUGUCCUGUUGGGGUCUUCCGUAAAAAAAUGGCACUGAUACAGGCAAUGUGAGAAGAAAUCAAUUCCAAGACAAACCCCUGAGUGGCUCUAAAAGGAAUGGUAUCAGCGUUUCCAAGCAAUGGACUAAGUCUUUUAGCAAACUAUUUCCUGUACUUUGUCUUGUGGAGAGGAGGGAAGCAUCCACAUUGUCUACUCCGCUUUUGGAAAUGUGUUUAAAGGUACUUUUCUAUUGUAAUUUUUUAAUAAAUAAAACCAGUGAUUAUUAUAAGUUA